AUGAUACGUUCACGUUCGGAUACUAAUGCAAUUGUACAAGAUGCUGUAAUGGAUGGUGAUAUGCCAGAAUUCAACUUAAAAAUUACAAAAAUUGAAUGGCUUGUACCAUAUGUAAUGUUAUCAAAUAGAAAUAAAAUUGAUAUUAUGAAAUAUAUACAAAAAGAUCCUGUCAUAUCUAUUGGAUUUAGAUCUUGGGAUUUAUAUGAGUACCCAUUGCUGCCACAAACAACUCAUCAUAUAUGGACAGUGAAAACUGCAACUCAACUGGAAAAGCCACGUUACGUAAUUCUUGGUUUUCAAUCAAAUAAAAAAAAAAAUUGGUUAAAAGAUGUAACACAAUUUGAUCAUUGUAAAAUAACAAAUGUUAAACUAUAUCUUAAUUCUCAAAUUUUCCCCUAUGGAAAUUUGAAUCUUGAUAUUGAAAAAAAUCAAUUUUCUUUAUUAUAUGAUAUGUAUGCUAAUUUUGCAGAGUCUUACUACGGCUCAAAGAUAGAUUUAAUGUCAAAAAAUACUUUUAUUACAAAAUUUCCAUUGAUUGUUAUAGAUUGUAGUAAACAGAAUGAGUUUUUAAAGACUGGUGCUGUAGAUGUACGCUUAGAAUUUGAAUCAAAAGAAAACUUUCCUGAAGGAACGUCAGCAUACUGCUUGUUUCUACACGAUAAAAUAAUAGAAUAUAAACCAAUAAGUGGUUUAGUACAUAAUGUAACAUAA